UGAGUGCUUGUGAGUGUGCCAAGUCAGUUGAGCAAUACCAGUAGCCAAUAGAUCAACUACUUUGCCUUCCCUCUUUCCAAUACCGUUACUGACUAACCGUCCAAACAAAUUGGCAUCAAAACCAUUUCCCCAAACAAUAACCUUAAAAAUACACACUCAUAACUCUCACACACUAUUCACUUCACCUCCCAACAACAAAACAAACUGUUCCUUUUCCAAGGUAAUGGCCAUGGCUGGAACAGGAACUCUGAGUUUUUCUCAAUUCUCAGUUCAUAGGCCCGUUUCAUUUCCCAGAACAAAACUAAUACCCAGAAACAGAAUUUGCAUUAGAGCCAUGUCAGAAACAGAAACAUCUUCUUCCACUUCAACUUCAUCAUCACCAUCAGUGUCAAUUACUCCUCCUCCAAAUUUCAAACCCCCUGAACCUAAACGAUUUGCAAUAAGAUCUGAUAAGACUUUUGAGAUUCUUGGAGCUUCCCUUCCCUUGCUCUUUCGCUUUGCUACUGGAGUUUUCGUUUCUGGGUAUUCAUUCUCAGUUGUUUCUAAGGAUGAAAUUCCACUAAAUGAAUAUGCUUUUCGAAUUUCCGGCAUUACAGUAAAAGAAACAUCAAAGGUAGGCGCUCGACCAGCGAAGCCCAUUGAGAUAUAUGAAUUUGAAAGCUGUCCAUUUUGUAGAAAGGUUAGAGAAAUAGUUGCUGUUUUGGACCUUGAUAUUCUUUUCUAUCCUUGCCCGAGAAACGGCCCAAAUUUUCGUUCGAAGGUUGCUCAGAUGGGUGGUAAAACACAGUUCCCUUACAUGGUUGACCCAAAUACUGGCGUUGCGAUGUAUGAGUCAGACGAAAUAAUUAAGUAUUUGGUUGGAACAUAUGGUGAUGGAAACAUUCCUCUUACUUUAUCACUUGGAUUUUUAACGUCAUUGACUUGCGGUCUUGCUAUGCUUGGUCGUAUUACAAAGGGAACAUCAUAUACUCCAUCAAAGUUACCACCAAAGCCACUUAAAUUAUGGGCAUAUGAGGGAUCUCCUUUCUGCAAAAUUGUACGCGAAGUACUUGUGGAAUUGGAGCUGCCACAUUUGCUUGUCAAUUGUGCUAGGGGUAGCCCAAAACGAAAUAUUCUAUAUCAGAAAACUGGAAAUUUCCAGGUACCUUUCUUGGAAGAUCCAAACACUGGAGUAGAAAUGUUUGAGAGUGCAGAAAUUAUAGAGUACAUUAGAGCAACUUACACUCUUUAGUGAUGCAUUUACAUGUUAAUAUCACUUUCAUCAAACAAAAAUAAACUUGCAAUCUUCAGUAAGUGAUUUUUGUGAGGCUUAUGAGGGUCUUUAACUCAGUCUCAUGUUAUGUCUGGCUCUCUCUUGAGACCUACAUUUCCUCUUGUAAAAUUUAGAUUGAUUCUUAACAGAGGUAAAUCAACUUGUUACUACAGAAGAAAAAUAUCAAUUAGAGGAUUCAAGUGCCUCAAUAAUAAAGUUAUACAAUGGUCUUAAAAGUUAAAACUGUGGGUUACAAGUGUAUAUAUUUCAGUCUUCAUUGUUUGUUGUCCUACAAGGCCAUCAA